GGACAGGAGCUUCCCUGUGCAGUUAGUUGCUCUUAUUAGCCGCUGGUUGGUGCUCUGCUGCGGCACAGUAUGGCCAGGGGAGAUGACCCGAGCUAUGAGGCUACUGUCCAGGGUACCUAGGUACCGAUUACGCCGUCUGCCCGCCCCGACGCUCAAUACGUGGGGCAGCUGCAACGCAGGCCGAUGAUGUGCUGCUAACCAGGCCGCAGCCAGCCCAGACAACCAAAAGCAACCACCACUAUCAGCAGCUGACAGCUCUCAGCAAACACCUAGUACUUAUACACCUUGCCAGAACCACCUUGCAGACCAGCUUGACACCUCCCAAGACGAUUUGGAACGGCAGGGACUGCAACAUGCCAAAAGGAGGGAUGCGUCACUGUCUCACGCGCUGAGCCCGAAUACCUCGUCCCUCCUCUUCCCUCCCCCCCUCUCACCAACCGUCACGGCUUGAGGGGCGCCGUCGCCCUGUGGUUCAGACAAGAUGUUCGAGAAAUCCCUCUACGACCUCAUCCGCGGUCUGCGGAAUCACAAGGGCCACGAGAAGGAAUACAUCCAGAAUUGCCUGAAAGAAUGCCGCGCCGAGAUUCGAGGCCAGGACAUGGACAUCAAGGCCACCGCCUUGCUCAAGCUCAUCUACCUCGAGAUGAUGGGCCACGACAUGUCCUGGGCCUCCUUCAACGUCCUUGAGGUCAUGUCCUCCCCGAAAUACCACCAGAAGCGUAUUGGAUACCUAGGCGCAGUUCAGAGCUACCGCCCGGACACUGAGGUGCUCAUGUUGGCCACGAAUCUCCUGAAGAAGGACCUCACCUCCGGCGCCCCAAAUACGAUUUCACUACCGAUACACGCCCUGCCUCAUUUCAUCACGCCGUCCUUGGCUCUCUCUACCGUGGCCGACCUUCUCCCGCGACUCACACACUCGAAUCCUUCAAUACGAAAGAAAACAAUAGUCACCCUGUAUAGACUAGCUCUAGUAUACCCCGAAACUCUGAGGGCAGCGUGGCCAAAAAUCAAGGAACGUCUUAUGGCACAGGAUGAAGACCCAAGCGUCACGGCCGCCAUCGUCAAUGUCGUCUGUGAGCUUGGUUGGAGACGGCCCCACGACUUCUUGCCCCUCGCCCCCAGGCUUUUUGAGCUGCUGGUGGACGGUGGCAACAACUGGAUGGCAAUCAAGUUGAUCAAGCUUUUUGCUACUUUAACGCCACUUGAACCGCGACUCGUUCGAAAACUGUUACCUCCUCUAACAGACCUCAUCCGAACAACGCCGGCCAUGUCUCUACUAUAUGAAUGUAUUAAUGGCAUCAUUCAAGGGGGGAUUCUUGGGAGCGAUGACGACGUGUCAGGUAGUGAGGAGAUCGCGUCACUUUGCGUUACUAAACUGCGCGGUAUGAUCAUGGUUGACGGAGACCCUAAUCUCAAAUAUGUAGCCUUGCUCGCAUUCAACAAGAUCGUGGUGACACAUCCAUUUAUGGUAGCGCAACAGGAGGACGUUAUCAUGGAGUGCAUCGACAAUCCCGACAUCACAAUUCGCGUUCAGGCGCUUAACUUAGUACAAGGCAUGGUCAGCAGCGACAAUCUAAUGUCCAUCGUCGGCCGCCUGAUGAGACAACUCAAGAGCUCUGCUGCAGCUGGCAGAUCAGCUGCUCAGAGACAGGAUGGCAGCUCUGAUUCGGAUGCGGACGCCGAGGUAAACAUUGAUCUAGCAGAACACGAGAUCGAGCAGACACCGCCGUUGCCAGACGAUUACAAGGUCGACGUUAUCAAUAGGAUACUGACGAUGUGUGCCCGGGACAAUUAUGGCAAUCUCGUCGACUUCGAAUGGUACAUUGAUAUCUUGACACAACUUGCACGGAUGGCUCCUGUUCCCGGACAGUCGAGAGACACGGCAGAACAAACUACAACAAAUUCCAAAGCUUCAUCCGCGGAUGUUUCAGCCAAGAUCGGAGAUGAACUGAGAAGCGUGGCAGUGAAGGUCAAGGCAAUCCGACCGAUUGUGGUUGGCGCUGCUGAGUUGAUCUUGCGCCAAUUCUGCACUUCUUCCGGACAACCGAUUACUUCUGGUGCUUUGAGGCCCGUCGCAUGGAUCGUUGGGGAGUAUUCCGACCAGCUGCUGGCGUCAGAAGAUACACUAGGGUAUCUGUUGCAGCUGGUACCACGCGCAAAUGACCCAGAAGUCCUUGCAUCUUGCCUCCAAGCAACUAUCAAGAUCUUCGCUCAGGCUACAGGGAGCGAUCUGGAGCUCUGGACCUCGGAGCGGAAAGCGAAGACGUCAUUGCUCCUGGCGCGAAUCAUACACGUGCUGGAGCCUCUAGUACUCCACCCGAACUUGGAAGUUCAAGAAAGGGCGGUUGAGUUCACGGAGCUUCUCAAGCUGACGUCUGAGGCUGUAUCCGCGCAAGAUGCCUCCACGGACGAGAUUCAACAAGAUCCGCCGCUCCUACUCACUCAAGCGAUCCCGUCUCUGUUCACCGGCUGGGAGCUGAACUCUGUGGCGCCUGCCGCCCAGUCCAACGUACCCUUGCCACAAGGGCUCGACCUAGACGAGCCGAUACAUCCGAAUUUGGGCAACCUUUUGUCAUUGGCGGACGAUAUCCAACUCAGAGCGGAAGACGAGGACGAGUUUGAAGUCUACUACCACCAAAAGCCCCCAGCUUCGAACAUCUCGUCCAGCGAGCCGGCGAUCAACCGGCUUGCCGAUGCUCCCGAGGAAAUCGCGACAUCGUACCAAGCAAGCGAGGAAAGUUAUUUGGAUGCCGAUAUCCUGGCCAGGCGAAAGGCUGAGCGCGCUGAGCGAAAUAAGGAUGAUCCUUUCUACAUCGGCGAACCCUCAGGUCGCACCGGCACAUCGACACCGAUCCAUAGCAUCUUGCAAAACGAGAACGGGCCCGACCUGGACAUCGACGCCAUACCUAUUAUGCAGCUUGACUUGGGUGGGGUCGACAACGCACCCGCCCUCACAUCCCCAAGACAGUUUGCGCCCCGGCCAAAGCCACGUCAGAGGAUCGUGGUCGCCCAAGACGAGAACCUCGGCGGCAGUGGCAUGUCUACGCCGCGAAACUAUGAUUCGGAGGCCAACAACUCCGAUAGUCUGGCCAAGGCGAGGGCUAAAAAGAUCAAGCAGUCGCUCCUACAGGUCGACUCGAGUAAUCUUGGAAGCCUGAGCCUCGAAGGCGAGGACAACGGAGAGGGCGGGUACGACUUCGAGAGGCAGAAGAAGGAGGAUGCGGAGAUGGUCCAGGCAAUGAAGGAAGUGGAACGACUUCGGCUGGAGAUGCAGAGGGCUAACGAGAGGAUACACGUGGCUCAAGGGGUGGAAGGGACGGUGGUCAAGAAGAAGAAGAAGUCUACGAAGCCAAAAGCCGUUCCUGACGAGGGCGGUGAGGCCGGUGAGCCCGUUGCGACCAAGGUCAAGAAGAAGAAGAAGAAGCCUGCCGUACCGGCCGAGGAGGGCGGCGGGGGCAACGGCGAGACUGGGGAGGCCGUGGUGAAACCGAAGAAGAAAAAGAAACCUAAGCCGCCGGUCGAGAUACAGGAUGCCGCUUAGAUACCCAAGACUGUCAUAGAUACAAGGCUCAAACGUGGCAAGUUCAGGUGCA